AUGCCCUCCAUUUUUGAGAGCACUGUUGAGACACUGGUCAAAGAGCUUGGAGACAAAGAACUCAGGCCCGUCAAGGGCAUCAUGGAUGCCAACAGAAUACAUCGGUUUUCUCUAAUACAGAAGAGGAAGGAUAAGUCACUGUUUUGGAAACUGCCUGAAGUUCCACUGAACAUCUCCCUCAUGGACAUUCUUGAGCCAGGUGUUCUGCCAGAUGCUCCUGUGGAAAAGCUGGGCGACUUGGACAUGAAAACUACAUGGAAGCUUGAUAUGGGUGCAAGUGUGAAUGCUGAGGCAGAGGCGAGCCUCUCGGGAGAGACUACUAAGCACCAAAAAUUCUCCCUCCAUUAUAAGACUGUUAGCACCCCAUUCAAAACCUGGAGAGACCUUCAGAAGAGGAAAGUGAUGGACCCAGAGCCAUUGUUUCUGAAGAAGUGCCGGAAAAAUGGGACGAAACUGUAUGUUGUGUCGGACGUCGUAGAACUGCAGGAGUGUUCUGUGCUGAGGGAUCUCAGCAGCACGGAUGUCUCGGGGAAACUCUUCCUCUCUCUGAAGUCUUUUCUCAAGUUUGAAGGAAGGGGAGGGGCUGUCAGCGCGACAGAGACGCAGCAUACUGUGCAGAAGGGCUCGGUGAUGGCCUAUAGGAGGGAGCAGCUGGUGUUCCAGAAGAACGGCUGGGAAAUUCUUCCUGGCUCAGGUGAUGAGGAGGAAACCUUCCCAGAGGCCUGUUACGGCAGCUCCAUCCCAGAGCUCAAAGAUGCCACCUUCAGAGAUGCUUGGGAUUUUCCGCGCCUACAAGAGGAGGUUUAUAGGAGAGAAAUGGCAGCGGCCCAGCUCUCAAAGGCCAUUAAGGACACUGUGUUCUCCAACCUCCUGGCCAUGCUUGGGGACCGAGAGGCCCUUCAGGACCUCAUGGACACGCUUGAACAGGAACCCGUGGGGGAUUUGGAUGGCCCUGGAGGCAGCAUCCUAAACGAACUGCGACAGGACUCAAGCUACGCAUGGAAUGGCUCACAAGACGUCAUCCUUUACCUGCUUGAAGCCAUGAUGGUGCUGAGUGACAUCCAACACCGUCUUCUGGCCCAGUCCAUGGAGAAGCAGAUCCUCUCCCAGCAGCGGGAUCUGGUGCGGAGCAUCCUGGAGCCCAACUUCAAAUACCCCUGGAGCAUUCCCUUCACCCUGAAACCCGCGCUCCUCGCCCCGCUCCAGGCCGAGGGUGUGGCCAUAACCUACGGGCUGCUGGAUGAGUGCGGCCUGAAGAUGGAGCUGAAUAGCCCCAGGUCAGCCUGGGACCUGGGGGCCAAGAAGCCCCUGUGCGCCCUGUAUGGGGCGCUGUCGGUGCUGCAGCAGCUGGCCCAGGCCUGA